UCAAUCAACAACAAAGGGACACGGAAGACCAACAACAGACCUGGGGCCUCAUUCUCCCCAGCUUCCAAGCUCCACUGCGUAUGUCUCAGCCAGACUAUCACAGAGACGGCUGGUGUGUUGCUCACCCUAACACACAAGAGCACACGUUUGCUGUCCUGAGACCCUCAGGGGACCACCAAGGAAGAGGCCAGACUCCAGUGGGCGUCUCUCAGGUAGACCAUCAUGGAGACGGCUGGAGUGCUCAUCCACCUGACACACAAGAGCACACCUUUUCUGUCCUGAGACCCUCAGGGGCCCACCAAGGAAGAACACUGACUCCAGUGGGCGUCUCUCAGGCAGAGCAUCAUGGAGACGGCUGGAGUGCUCAUCCACCUGACACACAAGGUACUUCUUGUGGGAGACAGGAAAAUCCAGUCUUGAGUACUGUAACAAAUCAAUGUACACCUGUAGAAAGGGCAAUUCUGGAAACACUAGAGAAAAUGGACAUGAGGAUCAACCAUCUGACUUCACUGGUCCAGUCUCUAGUGGGGAACAGGCGUAUUGUACCCCAAAUGCAGAUGGCUGAAGAGGAAGAGGGUGGUGUCUUUCCUCUAGCAUCUACUGCAGACCUAGAUAGGCUGGAACAAAGACUGGCAGACAGAGGGUUUAUGCAGAGAAUGGUAAGAUCACUGAAACGGUCAAACCUACAACUACUAACAAAAUGUAAACAAACUGGGGCCCCUUCUCCCUAG